GAUAUGUAUAUCUACUUUUAAUUAUAGCCUCAGGUUAAGAAAUUACCCGGUUUACACGUAUAAGCAUUAUGAGUUAGGUUUACAACCACUGCCAGUUAAAUAAGUGUUAUUGCAGUUUAAUAGUUUGUCUGGAAAUAAGUGUUAAUUUACUGCCCAGUAUACGUGAAAUUAGGUUAUGUACACUUAUAUUACGUAGAAUGUAAGGUUAAGAAUGGUUCGGAAAAAUAUUUUUCGUUGGAUACCUUCGACUAUAAUUUGUGGAAGACAGCUUAUGACAACAGCCCAAAGAAUUCAAGAAGUGCGAGUUAGGUUUGCACCAAGUCCCACAGGUCAUUUACAUCUAGGGGGAUUAAGAACCGCGUUCUACAAUUAUAUAUUUGCAAAGUCACGUGGUGGAAAAUUUAUAUUACGGAUAGAAGAUACAGAUCAAAGCAGAAUUGUUCCUGAUGCAGUGCGUACAUUAGAGAAUGAUUUACAAUGGGCUGGAAUUGUACCAGAUGAAAGUCCAUCCAUAGGUGGACCUUAUGGACCUUAUGAGCAGUCAGGACGCUUGCCCCUGUACAGGGAUCAAGUCAAAUGUAUACUAGAAGCAGGUGCAGCAUAUUAUUGCUUCUGUACUGACCGUCGUUUGGAUUUACUGAGACGUGAAGCUAUCAAAGCUAGACAAGUCCCCCGUUAUGAUAACAGGUGUCGUCAUCUCCCAGAAGCAGAAGUCAAAAAACGACUUGCAAGAGGGGAUAAUUAUUGCAUUCGUUUCAAGCUCGUGUCAAAUGAAGAAUCUUUUGAAGACCUUGUAUAUGGUAAAAUAAGUUACAAUAUAGCACUAAAUGAAGGUGACCCUGUCAUCAUUAAAUCAGAUGGAUAUCCAACAUAUCACUUUGCAAAUGUUGUUGAUGACCACUUCAUGAAAAUUUCUCAUGUGUUACGUGGCGUAGAAUGGCAGAUCUCAACAACUAAGCAUAUAUUAUUGUACAGAGCAUUUGGGUGGCAGCCUCCAGUUUAUGCCCAUCUCCCUCUUAUUUUAAAUACAGAUGGUUCAAAACUAUCCAAACGGCAAGGGGACAUCACGGUAGACAACUACCGCAGGGAGGGCAUUUUUCCUGAAGCCCUGCUCAACUUCAUCAUUGAUGCUGGUGGAGGUUUUACUAAGGAUGUGGCUAGAACAAAAUCUAGAAUAUACACACUGCAGGAAUUAAUUGAACAAUUUGACAUAAGCCACGUGAAACCCAGUUCUUGUCGUUUAACACCAGAAAAGCUUCCAGAGUUUAAUGGUUUGGAACUUCGAAGAAGACUUGCAGAUAAAGAGGAAUCAGCAGUGCUGGUUCAAGAAGUUAAAGAGUUGGUUUCAAGAACAUUUAAGGACAGGUUAGAAAACCAGAAAUUACAGCUACAAGAUGACCAUAUCAUGUCUGUAUUAGUGUGGGGUGAAGACCGCAUUACAAGGCUGACUGACCUUGUGAAUAGCAAUCUUGCCUUCUUGUGGAUUAUUCCCUCACAGCAUGCUCUAGAAAUUGUGGCGAGUGAAGCUAACAACAUAGGUGUGUUAGAAGACAUGAAGCUGUAUCUUUCAAAGUUGCUUGAAACUGAAUUUCACAGAGAUCAUCUAAAAAAACUGCUAAAAGAUUUUUCUUCAGAAAAACAGCUGCCAUUUAGUAAAUUGAUGAAGCUUCUACGUUCUGCUGUCAGUGGCUUACAGGAAGGUCCUGGUGUUGCAGAGAUGAUGGAGAUACUUGGACGGGCAAGUACGUUAGCUAGGUUAGACCAUGCUGUUACGGUGCUGAAAACACUGCAGACAAGGUAGGUGAUUAUAAAUGUUUGGCAGGAACCUAUCACUUCCAUGCUCAGAGUAGAAGUGAAGAUGUGAAGAAAUUGUACGGCAAACAACUUUUAUUUUAUGCUCACGUGAGUAAAAAAAUGACCAUCUUUUGAUUUGUCUCGGUUGCAGUUGAGACAGACCGCUUCCAACAUCAUAGUGUAAAGAAAAAUUGCACAUCUACAAUACAAUACAAUAUAGAAUUCA